AUAAAAAAAGCGCAAACGACAAAAGCAUGCGCAUUUUUAUCAUUGCCAGUUUCCCAAAAGCGCUCACUGUUCUCUCUCUACCCUAAAUUUCUCUCUUGUUCUUGCCGGGAACUUUUGUCGCCGACGGGAAAUCGCCGGCAUGGCAACGAACCCGCCGGAGGGUUAUACAGCCGACGACUUCCUUGAGCAAAUCCUCUCCCUUCCUUCUUAUGCCGGCCUGGCUGGAGCUGACGCUGGAAACGCAUCAGACGGUGCGGGCCUCCCCCAUCCACCGAUGUUUCCCUUGGGCCUCAGCCUGGAUAACGGGCAGGAUGAUGUUAGUGGCGCCGGAGCCUUGGCUGUGAGGCCUGAGAGGGAAGCGUUGAAUAACAACAUGGGGAGUUUGUAUGCUUUUGAUCAUUUACAGUCUCAUGCCAUCCGCCAACCUGUUCCUCAAGUUCAGCAGGCUUUUCAAGGUCAGCCAACACCAAGCACUGCAGUAACUGUGCCACACCCUCCUGCCAUUAGGCCAAGGGUUCGGGCACGAAGAGGACAAGCAACAGAUCCCCAUAGUAUUGCUGAGAGGUUGCGCAGAGAAAGGAUAUCAGAAAGAAUCAAGGCAUUGCAAGAACUUGUUCCCAGCUGCAAUAAGACUGAUAGGGCUGCAAUGCUUGACGAGAUUCUGGAUUAUGUGAAAUUCUUGAGGCUUCAAGUCAAGGUAUUGAGCAUGAGUAGGCUAGGAGGAGCUGGUGCAGUCGCACAACUUGUUGCAGACAUCCCCCUGCAAUCUAUUGAGGAUGAAACAGUGGAAAGAGGUUUGAACCAUCAGGUUUGGGAAAAGUGGUCAAAUGUGGAAACAGAAAGGGAGGUAGUUAAACUCAUGGAAGAAGACGUGGGAGCUGCCAUGCAAUUUCUCCAAUCCAAAUCACUCUGCAUCAUGCCUAUUUCACUUGCAGCGCUCGUCUAUCCUACAACCCAAUCAGAUAUCCCUACAACCAUCAAAUCUGAACCCUCUGGUCCCUCAUAAGGACUCCCCAUGGUCUUUAAUCUCUUUCAUGUUGCGUAUUAUACUGGAUCUUUACAUUUUGUAUCUCCUUUCGCAUAUGUGGCAAUGCAAUCGAAGUCGGAUGCACAAUUUUGCUGUUGUCAUCUUUUUGGCUCCUAGCUUUCUUUUUCAAGAGCUUUUGAUGACAAGAGCAAAAUCGAUGGAGGCACUUAUGGAUGGAAGCUUAUUAUUUCUUAUCUUCAUAUGAUGCUUCCUUUUUUGGGUGGGUUGGUGGGGACUGUCUUUUGCUGUGUGGGAAGUUGAAGUUUGUAAAAGUAAUGAAAUGCUACAUUAUUCAAGUGGCUUUUGGAAAUUAUUUUAUUUCUCUAAUGAUGUGUGCCAAUAUUUUAUUUUAUUUUA